AUGCCAGACCCGGCGGCACGGGAGCAGACCUUAUCGCCUAAAUCCUCCGCCUCCACUCAUCGUGAUGCAGCGUCUGAGUCCAUCCACCAGACGUAUGCUCGGCCGCAGGAAGCAAACUAUCGAGGCUACAAGAAACGGAACAGCGACAUCGGCGAGACCGUUGACUGGACUUGCGAAGAACACACCCUCCUCGCCGUUGCGCUGAGUCAUCAAGACAAGCGCCCCUAUCCUGCCUUCAACGCAGAGUAUAUUGCAGAGCAGUUUACAGCGCUGUUCGGUCGGAUCAUCACGGAGAAAGCCAUCGAGAGCCAGCGAGACAGGAUGUUGCACCCGAAGAACGACGAUACGGAGGCACCCAGGUGCUAUCGCAUGGCAAAACAAUGGGAUCACAACAGCGACAACGUCAAGAGGCGGUGGAACUUGAUCGUCAAGGGCCAGCUGCUGUACGAUAAUGUGACGACACGGGUCCUAUCAAAUGCCACUCAUCACGGCCUGGAGGUGUAUGGCGCACUGGGUUUCUACACGUUUGGGCACCAACCUGGGAUUCCAACAAAGAGGCGUGGGCAAGACAAAGGACGAAGGGACUCACUUUUAGACGGCGGAAUGCCUAUCGAAAGGACUCACUCCCGCUUCGAGGCAGUUGCGUUGGACGAGCGGCAGGCGAAGAACGUGGGGAGUGGAUGGGCUUAUGUCCCUGAUGUGUAUCACCGAAGAUGA